AUGACUCUCUUAUCUGCUUGCCUCAUCCAACAUCAAGAGAUUCUUCACUCACAAAUCCUAGGUCAGAUUCCGCCUGUCCAACAUGCUGCUCAGCAAGCGCAAGCUCAGAUGAUGCAGCAGCAAGCCCAACAGCGCAAUGCUGCAAUCGAACACCAGCUGGCUCAGCGACGAGUGCGAAAACCUACCGAUCGAAAUCUGCCAGAUGGAUUGGAAGAGGUAGUCAUUGGGGACGGUGUCGAGCAGUAUAAGAAGUUGCGCGAGGCAGAGAAACGACUAGACCAUCUGAUGGCACGGAAGAGAUUGGAAAUCCAUGACAACUUGAGCAAAAAUGUCAAGAGACAGAAGACGAUGCGAAUAUGGAUCUCCAAUACAGUGUCUGGCCACCCAUGGCAGAUGAACCCAGACGAAGAAGGCUUCACGUUCGACUCGGGCAACGAGCCCACCUGUAGGGUCAAGAUUCAAGGGAGGUUACUGGAAUAUGACGACGAUGACAUCUUACACAGUGACGACGAAGAUCAAGAGAUGGACGACCAACACAAAUCGGUCAAACAAAAGCAACUCAAGACGCCCUCCAAAAAAUUCACCCACUUCUUCAAGGGCAUGACUGUCGAGUUUGACAGCCCCAAAGCCAACAUCGGCGAGCCCAAUCAGACAGUAACAUGGAAGAAGGGCCAAAAUAGCACUCAAGCUGGCGACUUUGACGCGAUUGAAUUUGAGCGCAAAGCCGAUGAAAACAUCAACAUCACAAUCUGCCUGACACGCGACGAACAACCCGAAAGAUUCCGUCUAUCUGAUGCCCUAGCCGAAACUCUGGACAUGGAAGAAGCUGAUCGCGCCGAAGUCGUCAUGGGCAUUUGGGACUAUGUACGCGCCAUGGGCCUGCAAGAAGAUGAAGAACGCCGCAGUAUUCAGUGCGACGAGUCACUAAAGCGCAUCUUUGAUACAGACACAUUCUUUUUCCCUCAAGCCGCCGAACGGUUGGUCCCGCAUUUACACCCCUUGCCCCCGGUGCGAUUAGCCUACACCAUCCGCGUCGAUGAAGAUUAUCAUAAGAAUCCCGAACCCACGAUCUAUGAUGUGCAGGUUACGGUCGAAGACCCUCUCCGCCCAUUAAUCUUCAAACUCACCCAGAACCCGGAACAUCAAUCCAUACUCCGCUCCAUCGCUAAACUGGACGACGAACUGGCCAUAGUGGUGCAGGCUUUGCAUCAUCACAAGGCACGCCACCAGUUCUUCACGAGCAUGGCGAAAGAUCCGCAGAAAUUCAUCGAGAGGUGGCUAAGCAGUCAGAAGAAGGAUCUUAGUGUGUUGCUUGCGGAGCAGGAGCGAGGGGACGUGGCGGGCAUGGAGUUCUCGAAGGGCGGAGAUGACAGCGUAUGGGGCGGCCAAGUUGUCAGAGAGGCCGUGAGGUAUAGGCUUGCCAGAGCGGAGGCAACAGGGAGGUAA